UCCGUCGAACCCAUCCGUCCAUCCGCCUUCGGGGCGGCGAGCGGCAUCUUCCACUGGGUCUUGGUCUGGCUCUGGGUCUUGGGGUACGUGAGUCCGGGGAAGUGUGACUGUAGCGGGGCUAACACGUUUCUUGUCUACCCAUUAAUUGCCGAAACUCCCAUGACAGCUGGAUACAGUGGAGCUCCUCUGGCAUGACCCGCUUGGUAGGAUUAUGGUGGAAUACUAACUUGGUUUAAGGACCUACGGAGUACCUGGCUGGCACCUAUUUCACAAUCUGUGAUAUUUGAAAAGUCCAGAAGCGAACGUGACAGACAUUUGAGUGAAAAAAGCCGUUUCGGAUGUUACCUUUCGACUAAUUUUAUGUCGCAAAGGCCGUUGAUGCUCAAGUGGCCAAGCAGUUUGGACAUAAAAAACUCUGACCAAAAUUUGCAUAUUCGGCGUUCGAUUUGGCGUAGCACGCGCUUGACAACAGCUGACGGAUAUGGCAUAUGAAUUUUUCAUGGGCCGGGAGCUUCUAUAUUUAUUUUCGUUUAUUUUGGCAAUUUCGUGUGUUUUGGUUUUCGCCGAAUCAUACCUCAGGCAUCCCAUUCAUUCUGAAUCGGCAGAGCAUGCUAAUUUUUGUCGUCAUUGUUUAAAUCCGAAGAUACAGCGGCUCUGAUUGAUUUGCUUACGAGAGUGCCAAAGGUAGGGUUUGUUUGUUUUAUUUCGGCCGCUACUGGCGCUAUCUUGAUGGAUCCGGAUUGCCAUUAGGAAUUCGGGCCAUUAUAACAAGAAUUCCCCGAACUAAUCAGAUAAAAUACAACGAUUAUGGCCAUUCACACCUCAUGAACUAAUUCAGAAAACGAGGCAUUGGAAGCCUCAUCUAAUGUGUCGAGCCUCACAGUUCAGAUCGAAUGCUCUCCCUUAUAUUUGUUAAACCUAAUCCGACUGCGAUGCGCACUUUCUUCUGGUACGUCCUCUGUUGCAGUUCCUGGGGCGCUGCUCUGAAGGCCACGCCGGCGACCGGGGCUGCCCAUGGCCCGGUGCUGCAAGAGGCCUACAACGAGGUCGUGCGGAAUCUGAUCAAGAACUGGGAGUCGCCGGUGGUGUACCUCAGGGACCGGGGCUUCCUGCCCAGGGACUACGAGGACACGUCCAAGAUCAAGCCGAACCUGGACGCUCUGAUGCAGCGCAUGGAGCGGGGCACACGAAGCCAGCCCUCUGCCCAACGGAUCAGUAUCGGGAUACGGCCCACGGAGAUUCGGGACGGGCCGUCGAGAAACGAGAGAGGUCUCAAGAGGGGCUAUGCGCUUCUCAAUGCGGACAAGAACGCGGCACCAGACGGCAAGCCUCCCAAGGACGAUGACCAGGAGACGCAGCUUCUGGCGAUGAAGAGCCGCCUGGAGCAUAUGCAGCCCCUAAACUCCAAGCACAACCUGCCAGAGCCCAAGAGACAGAGCCCGACCGCCAAGUCCAUGAAGCCACUGUCCACUGGCCGAACCUACGACGAGAUGCUGCAGCAGAUGAUCGACCGGACGAACCCCGUGGCCAAGCACGCUAAUCGGACCAGCAGUCUGGCGCAGGUGAUGCAAUCUUUGCACGGAAGUGCCAAGGUGCCGGACAAGCUUCUGGGACUGGGCUCUGUGGGCCUGAACGUCUACACUGGGGUCAGUCCGCUGGAGAGGGAAAUCCCGUACCUGGCAGCGAAGUCCAAGGGGGGCAAGGAGAAAGAGCCAAGGGAUAAGUGGGAAUCGGGGCUGGCAGCGCCCAACUACCUGAACUGGGACAUGAAGAACGGGCGCCUCGACCAUUACUCAUCGAUCGAGAAGGAUGCCUAUCUGAAUCAGUUGGUCCGAACGUUUGGCCAGAAGCUGAUAUCCAAGGAGAUCCAGUCGAAGGGGGACCCCCAACUGCCCGUUUCCUAGAACUGCUCCCUUUUCUUUGUUCAAAGAUCGACCCCAACUGAGACCCAAGUUACCAUUCCUUUCUGGCUUUGCUGUUUCCAAGAAAUUUUCGACGUCAUACCCGUGGCAUCCGAGGGUGUAAUGUGUUUCUGGCUGUUUACCUUUCGCAGAGAAAUCCCAGGAUUUCUGUUUACCGCACACAUCUUUUAUUGGCUAAUUGUCGUGACUUAGAUUUAGAACCCGACUGAUUCACUGG